CACGGCGGGGCGCUUGAGACGGAUGCUACAGAGAUAAGGAUUACCGUUAAUCGCGCUGAGGAUGAUAAGAGCAUCAGCAUCACUGGAGGAGACGACCGGGAUGUGUGGGGCAACAAGAUCGAGUUCCUUCUCUCUUGUCUCUCCUUCGCGGUCGGUCUCGGCAACAUCUGGCGCUUCCCUUACCUGUGUUACCGUAAUGGUGGAGGCGCCUUCCUCAUCCCCUACGCCCUCAUGUUAUGCACCACAGGACUUCCUCUCUUUUUCUUCGAGUUGAGUCUUGGACAGUUUGGUCGUGAGGGCCCCAUCACCAUCUGGAAGGUGGUGCCCCUCUUCCAAGGUUUGGGUGUGGGCAUGUUUAUGAUUGCCUUCUUCAUCGCCCUCUACUAUAAUGUGAUCAUCGCCUGGGCGCUCUUCUACCUUUUCUCCUCCUUCACGGCCGAGCUGCCCUGGGAGUCCUGCAACCACUGGUGGAACUCUGAUGCCUGUCGGAGGUUCGACUCCAAGAACUGUACAGCCAACGGGGGUCUCAUAGACGUAAAUGGCACCUGCUUCUUGAAGAAUCAGGUCGAGGCUGACAAGUGGGAUCAAAUGAACGUGACGGCGAAGUCGAUGAAAUUACCCGCCGAUGAGUUCUUCCAUAACUUUAUGUUGUCCAUCUCGGAGGGUUUCCAUGACGACGAGGGCCACACCCUACAGUGGCGCCUCUGUCUCUGUCUUGUCCUCUCCUGGGUGAUCGUCUUCCUCGGUCUCUUCAGGGGCGUCAGCAGCAUGGGAAAGGCCGUCUACUUCACCGCACUCUUCCCGUAUACGGUGCUCAUCAUCCUCUUCGCUCGGGCCGUUACCCUUCCAGGCUAUGGUGACGGCAUCUCCUUCUACAUCACUCCCCGCUGGCACCGCCUCCUCAAAGCUAAGGUGUGGGCAGACGCAGCCAUGCAGAUCUUCUUCUCUCUUGGGCCGUGUUGGGGCGGCCUCAUCACCCUCGCCUCCUAUAACAAGUUUAGCAAUAAUUGUCUCAGGGAUGCCCUAAUCAUCACUGUAGCCAAUUGCCUCACCAGCUUCUUCUCAGGGUUUGUCAUCUUCGGUAUAGUUGGCUUUAUGGCACACGAACUGGGUCUUCCCGUCGAGGAGGUCGCAGCCCAAGGUGCUGGACUGGCCUUCGUGGCAUACCCUGAAGCAGUGGCCCGUUUGCCUAUAUCACCCCUGUGGUCCAUCCUGUUCUUCGUGAUGCUCCUCACCCUGGGUAUCGGCUCACAGUUCACCAUCGUCCAGACUGUCAUCACCUGUCUCAUUGACUUCUUUGGCUUCCGCAGACACCAUAAGAAAGUGUGCCUGGCGGUGUGUUCGGUGGGGUGUGGCCUAGGGUUGUUCAUGUGCACACGACAUGGCAUGUACAUCUUACAGCUCCUGGAUAACUACUCGGGCACCUACUCUGCCCUCAUGAUUGGCUGUAUAGAGCUGUUUGCUAUCUCUUGGGUAUAUGGCGUGGACAACUUCAUGUUGGAUAUCAAACAGAUGCUGGGGAAGAUGCCCUUCCCUUACUACUACUGGAAGCUGGCCUGGAAGUACAUCACCCCCUGCAGUGUCUUCUUCAUUCUGAUCUUCACCUUCAUUGAUUACUCGCCUUCUGUCUACGGUACCUACAAAUUCCCCAUCUGGGCUGACGUCAUGGGUUGGAUGAUCUCCUUCUCCUGCGUCUUAGUUGUGCCUAUACGUGCUGCCUGGCUCGUAGCUGGCAAGAGUGGACCCAUCUGGGCUCGAGUGCAGCAGCUGUGUCGGCCAGAAGCUACCUGGGGACCUGAAAACAAACGCUCUUGUGAUGAAACUCUCAACUACAUUGACUCCAAGACACCUCUGGCCAACGAUGAGGAACAAUAUGAGAUGGAUCGUGAGUCUCCAUACCUGACGCGAGUGUCUGAGGAGUGGGAGGAUGAGGAAGACGAUGGCCUCCAAAUGAAGGCUCCCGCACGCGCAAAGGUUUAGACCACUUCCUGCUGUUGACGUCCUCGGGGAGCUGUCCGAGGUCUGCUUGGUGGAAAAUUCUUUGGCUAAGGUACCCUCACCAGGCCUCCGUAAAUAUAGAGCUUCGUCAGAGCAUUCCUGUAGGGUCUUUCGUGGAAGUGCCCUCGUGUGAAGAUCCUGCAGGAAGUCUGACAAAGAUUACCUCCCCCAGGGAUACUCAAGGACCUCUUUUGGACCUGAACUCUCCUGAAGCCAGUCUUUGGUGUCUCGUGCUGUUCUCACCAAAUAUCUCCCAACAGUCAUGUCAAAAAGAAGGUUCCCAAGGGUCUGUAAGUUAGGUCAAGUUGAGUCCAAGGUCUUCGACCCUUAUCAAGGUCACCCUUAUCUCGGCAUGGUUCCAAAAGACUGGUGCUUUAUCUUAAACAAACACCUCAAGAGGAGCUUAGACACUUAUGUACCGACACCCAACAAAGUUUACAAAAUUAAUGUUGCAUGAAGUUGACAUCAGUUCUUCAAGAUAUCCAUUGUGCUGGUCUUUUGUGCUGUGCCUGUGUUCUCAUUAACAAGUCAUCACAGGAAUAUACAGUGUACAGCAAAAAUACCAGGAAGAUGAGUUUGUUAAAACCAGCAUCACAGUGACUGUCAUGUGGAGAUAAAAAGUCUUUUGUUUGCACAAGUUACUGAAAUGUAAACAGUAAUACCAGAUACUGGUAAGAGGAAGGUUCUAUUAGUGUACUAUUGCAAGUAUUAUUUUGACAGUUACAUCAUAUGUAAUUGUGUAGAUCUGAUAUACAGUUGUUACAUAAUAUUUUUUUAUUUAUAUUUUGAUUACUGUAUGUCUAUAAUUUUUGUUCAUUAAACUUUUUGUGUCUAAACGCAACAUAUAACUUACUUAAAUAUCAUAUCUAUGGUUUUAUUUAUAUACAAAUACACACUCAUAUACACAUACACUAGCACAUUUUUAUUACUAAUGUUGUUGCAGUUAGUUAAGUAUUUGUAUAUAUUCUUAGAAUACUGUACUCAGUUGUGUAUACUGUACUGUACUUUUAGUUGUCCUUGUCUGUGGGCAAGCAUAAGUAAGUGCUGUAACUCGAACCUUGACCAACAGUGAAUACCAAUGUGACAUGUGUUGCUCCCUCACAGCAGUUGCCUUUACCACACAAAAUCUUGGUUGUUUCCCUGACGUUCAGAACCAUGUGAUGAUCGUCAGGGGAGUAUUAGGCUGAGGAAGGUGUCGUAAAUAGACCCGUGGAGUAUUAUAAUGAGACAUGUCCACUGGCCACCCUCAUGUGUCCAGUGUUAACUUAUUGCAAUAAUGCAUCAAUAACUGAAUAAAGUCAAAAGACAUUGCAACCUGCAACCAACGUAGGCACUGGCACGACAUAUAUUGAUGUGUCCACUAGCUAAUCUCAUAUCACUACCAUUUUUCCAAGUGUAAACUCUUGUCUAUAUUAAUGUGCCUACUGACUAAACUCAUGUCUUGAUAUUUUCACUGACAAAAUGCAUGUCACUAUGAUAAAUCCAAAGGUUAACUCGUGUUCACUGGCCAAACUCAUGUCCAUAUCUUAACCUUAAGACAAGUCAAGAAAUAUACGUCUGAAUGACCAAUUAUAUUUGUUAUAUUUAUACAGAUUAACUAAGUAUUUUACAUUCCUGAAUUUUUACAAUGAAUAUAUUUCUUCCCCCAAAAAUGCCAACUGCAGGGACACUUAUUAUACAACAUAGUUUAAUUCUUUUUCAUUCAUAAAUGCAAUUAUAACUCUAAAAAUUUUGAAGUGUCAUGUUAGCGGGUCAAAGUAAGUAUGCUACUGUUUUUAGAACCUAUGUAUGUGUUUAUGUAUAUGACUAAGAUGUUUAUAGUAUAUUUUGGGGGCUAAAAGUCGGUAUUAUACCAACUUUCAACCUCUGACCUUAAUCAUGUACAUAAAAACCAGGUGUGCUGGAGAGAUACAUUCCCCAACACACCUGAUUUUUUUAUAUGGACAUAUAAUAAAAGUCUACUUACACAAAUACAUAAAGAGGAUCCAAACAGAGUAAUGUGUCACUUCUGAACCCCAUAUGAUCCCUUAUAAGUACUGUAUGUAAACAUUGUCAUUCUAUGAUGUAAACAAACUACAGUAUACGAUCUAACUUUGCCUGUCGUAAAAGCUUGAACACCUAACUUAAAAAAUGUAAACAAUUUAUGAAAGAUUAGUUUACGUGUAAUGGAACGAGAAGAACUCGCAUAACAACUUUGUCUGUUAUAAAAGUGAAUAAGAAAUUUUCAAAAUGAGAACGUAGCCAGUAAUUAUAUAACAAACACUACAUUAUACCGGUAGUUAACAGUAUGUGUAUCAAUUUUAGACAUCCAAUAAGAACUUUCUAAAAUCAAAAUAAUCACGGCUAUUGAAAUAAAAUUAUAUAUCAAAAUAAUUUUUGUGAAUUUGAAUUUGGAAAUUUUAUAAGAACUUUUUAAAAUAGGUAUAAAGACCACAGAAACUGUAUGCAAUGAUGUAACAUCUUCCAGGGCUGGGGAAGCCUAGUGCCCCCUCACCCACUAACCCACCAAGACCCAGACUGUGACAAUUAAAGUGUGAUCUCUAGGGUUAAGACCUCGUGUAUGCUAGGAUAAGCUUAUAAAGCUUACAUGAUAACUAACAAGUGUAGUUAUCUAUAUGUUAUCACCAUAAGCAACCAGUAGUAGUUCUAAGUGCGUUGUCAGUUCCAUGUGUAGAGCAGCGUACUUUAUCAUUUUGCGCUUCGGGUUCAGAGUUUGUGUACAAGAUUGAGAUGGUUUCAAAAAGGAUUAGAAACAAAUUUUUAGGGCCAGGUCUUGUUCUAUGAUGCCGUGUAACGUACCCUUAGUGUAGAGUGUAGUGGCUCAGUUGCUAAGAAGGUUUUAACGUGGUAUGCUAACUGGACCCAAAUAAAAAACAGUUUACUGGAGUUCUUAAGAUUUGUUUCUGGUCAUUUAUGAUGUUGGUGUAUUGUGUGGGUGUCAGACCUUCCGAGGCUCCUCUUCUGCAGUAUUGUCUACAGUUAAUUCUCCAUACGUAAUAAUUCCUUUCAUAAAAUCCUGAAAUAACAACUUCCCCCCUUUUUUUAGGCUUAUGGUAUUAGGUGUUCAUCCUUUCGUUAAAAGACUAACAGGAGUAUUUAAUGCUCUUUUAGUUUACCAGGUGGUGUUGUGUCUUAGUAAAAUUAUGCGGUAGCCAUUAUUCAGGAGUAAUGGCUGAAGCAGUACUGACAAAUGUCGGAUCAGAGAUAUAUGAUAUAAAUUGUUUUGUCCAGUAUUAAAAACAAAACAUUACAAGUUUGGUAUGGUAAAUUCACAUUAUGUGUUUUGUGUUGGUAAUGAAAAUGAAGAAGUAAGAGUUUCUUCCAUACUGUACUGUAUUUAUAUUCUCAUCUUUGGUGCUUGACUAUGGUUGGCUAGAUUCUGUUACUUGUACAUAAAGUUUUGCUGAUCAUUGUGUCAUAUCAGACAGCAGUUAUUAUCAUUUGUAUUUAGUGAUCAUAUUAAUGUGUAAUCGUUGCCACAAUGCGGCCAUAGUUACGUGAAGUAGAGGUACUCGGCAUCUGCUGGUGCAGCUUGCUUGCUGCUGUAGCUUUAAGUCUGCCCUACAGUGGUGGCGACGUAUCUUGGCGAGUCUACUGUACAGUAGUUAGUUGUAUUUUGUUAACUCAUAAUUAAGAUCCUGUGUUAUGAUGUAAACAAUAACACUGUGAUAGUUGGAAUUUGAUGUUUUUAAAUGAUAUAUUUAGCACAUACCACAAAUGUAAAUAUUAAGGCAGGACGUAUGUAACGUUUCUCUCCAGUAGAGCUCUGUAUCUCGUUGAGAACUGUACCUGGGUCUCGUGCCUGACUAUAAAUGUGAUUUUUCGUAGUUUUUUUUAAUGGGUGUACUGUACUGUAAUUGGUAUUGUAUAUAGAGUUAUCCCCAUACUUUAUGAGGGAUGGAAGGAGAGCAUUUGUAUUUUUUUUUUCAAGAUGUCUCUUUGCCAUUAAGAAAAAAAAAGUUAAUUCUGGAUGAUUUCUCAACCAUAGCAGAUCAAGAAGUACAGUAUCGAUGAUAACUGAUACUAAAUUAGACAUACUACUGUCUCAAAACACCAGGUCUCUGCCAGAACAGUUACCUCCAACUUUAAUUUCUCUCACCAAGAACCAUAGUUUACAUCUUGACAUUCCCAAAAACUAUUUCCACUGUGAUUUAGUUUAUGAUUAUCAGUCAACUCUCUUCUUUACUCCUUUGUAGUGAAGUCUUUUCUGUUCAGUUACAUAUCAAAACAUUCUGAGAAUGUACAGCAAAUUUUGAGUGUCAUGAGCUGCUAAAUUAUCAAUAGUAUCAACAAGGCUUUCUUUACUUUAAGGAACAUGUGAGUUUGCCUUAUGAAUAAGAAUUUGUGAUGCUGCUGAAUCCCACCGCUGCCACCAUGAGAGCUGCACUCAGUCAGUUGUUGCCUUUCAUACACAGAAGCACCAGAAGCUAAACGUGACAGGAUUAUGGCUUCUCAUAGUCAUAAUCCUGCCACCCCUUUUGAACAUUAUUGUCAUUGUCACAGAGGCUUAGGAAUUGACCUGUCUUAGCCAUAACCAUGUUUUUAAGGCAAGAAAAUGAAGAGCUGAAAAUAUAAACUGGCUACUCACUCUACAUUAAACUCUACCUAAAUUAGAGCUGCUAAUGUAUAGUUUUGUAGAAAUUAGUGUACAUAGAGAUAAUAGAGAAUAUAUAUAUUACAUUUUGUUGAUUUUAUUACAUUGGGAUGAAGUGGUAGUAACGUUACUGACAGGCGGCUCAUAGCGGAAACAGAGCAGUGGAAGCUGUGUGUUGAGUUGCGUCUGAGAAUUUAAAGUCACUUAGGAACCUGAUAUACUAAGUGAUUGUGAUGAUGUAUGGUGUCAGUGCCACUCAUGAUGAAUACCUGGUCACGUACCUUAUGUUAGUAUUAAGACUACAGCUGUAAUGGUUUUAUUUUUUAUGUAUUACUUAACAGUGUUGGGGCCGACACCAGUUGUGGGCUGACCGGGUGUGACUAACAAUUGUUGUUGCAGAACCAAACACAUGCUUGGUGUGUGUUAUGUGAGUACUGCACCACCUCCACUGACAAUAUCCAUAAAUCAUAAACAGAUCGUCCUAUUAGAUUAAGCUCGUACAAUUACCAAAUGUUGCAAUAAAAUUUUUAAAAGAAAGCUACUCGGCUGGCUGACUGUCCUCCUCGUAUAGUCUGACAAAAUUCAAAACUUAAUAUUGAUGUGUCAAAUUGUUGGAUCUUUAGUAUAACAUUAAGGUGGCAGAAUAGUUGUGGUUUACAGCCAGCCAGCCUACAGUUGUGACCAGAUAUGUGUUUUGGACAAGUAGAAAUGAUGUGAUUCCUUAAUUGCCAUGUGUGUGUACCAGCUGUGAGGUCUCCUGCUAUACUGUUAAUGAUGACCAACUGUUGGAAGGAUGUAUGUUAAUUCUUCAGGUUACUGUGAGAGUCUGUAGAGAUUUUGUCUGGAAGUGAGAGAGAUGUCCCAAGAUUUCUAUAAAUUUUUGAUGAAUUUGACCAAGGUUUCUCAUUGUCUAUGGAGAAAUUUGCUGCAACACACCUGCUGUUUGUGGCAAAUAUUUCCUAAGACUUAACGCACUGGCGAGCUUAUCAACAGAUUAUUUUAAGCUGAUGACGAGUUGUCUCACGAUUUCCGUUGGCCACAAAAAAAAAUUACAUUUUGAAGGAAUUGUCUUCUCAGGGUUUGUUCAUAACACUGUAAUUGUACUUGACAGAAAUUAUCACAAAAAAAUCACUGUAAAUUCUAUGUAUUUUUAAAUUAGGAAUUUGAAGAUAAAUUUAAUUUAGUAUUUAUGACCUUGUUACUAGCACUUCAUAUGCAUAUCGAUGGUGCACUGUUGUUGAUGUAAGGUGUGAAGCAUCCUGUCAGGUGGCGCUGCUGGACUAGCAUUUCUCGGAUAUAGUCGAGUAGAAGCAUGCUGUUGAGCGUAUGUUAUAGAUGAUAUAGAAAUGUGGUUAUGUACAUUUGCCUUUGGAAUCAUAUAAAGUAGCUCUAGCAAGUUGAGUCAAAAGACCUGAAAGGUAGAGAAAGAGUUGUAUCGAAUAAGAUGGACAUUUAGCAGUCGCGUCUCUUGGUAUCAGCAGUGGUGCUCUAGAACACGUGAUUAAUAUAAUACUACUGAUUCAACAACAAUUGACGGUGAAAGUUUUCUAAUGAGGUAUAACUUGCUAUUCUCAAACCUAUUGCAUUAUCAAAAACAUAAUUAUUGGGUAAAACAUGACAAUAGGUUUGGCUGCCUUAUUUGGUUUUGUUUUCUUUGACAAGUAUGAUAUAACUUUAAUGUGUUUGUGCUUGUGUAUAUGUGCAAGAAAAGUGACGGUCAAAUUUCACUUAAACCCUCAUUAAGUAUCCUUACAGCACAGCGACUGUAAACAAAUCACUAAAUUAUCUGAUUUUUGUAGGAACGAACAUUGUUUAGUGGACGUUUUUUACUAAAGCGGACAUAGUUUUGAUUCACUGGAGCGAGCGUAAACACACAUUGGCAAUAUCUUUAUAACCACAAGAUGAUCAUCUGGCAAGAAAAUUGUAAAGAACUUUGAAUAUGGAGAACAGAACAUCUGUACCAUAAGGUAUGACGAAAAUCAUGCUGGUUUUGAAUAUAUAUGCAGCCAAACCCUUUGUCAGGUAUUGCCAAAUAUUCAGAUAUCUAAACAGGCGGAAAACUUGUAAUAUUGUGAAGUUUUUGUCGCCUACACUAGGAUUAAUAUUAUUAGACCUUACAUAACCUGUCACGCGCCCCAACUGGUACUAAGAGAAAACGGCGCUGUUUCAUGUUAAUACUAUAACAUAACCUUCUAGCAAAGCUUCUAGCGAAUUUAGGCUUUAGGAGCUAUAGAAAUAGCUCUAAAGUAAAGUAAUAACUAAAUAUAGGAAAAAAUAUCAACCACUUGCUUCUUUUUGGCGUCAUUUUCUCUACCGACCGACUGGGGUAAUUUGGACAUUUGUGAUAAUGAUAAGAAAUAUCGCUCAAACUCACUUGUAAGGGACCGUGUCUAUUUUUCUAUUAUUCUUGACAAUGUAAACUGCAAAGAUGAUGUGAAAAUGCUCCUUUAUGGGGCUGGGUGUCAGGUGAAGACUGAUUCAGGGCCUGUUUGGCCAGGGUUUGAUUCAUUAGAAUUGAUUCAAAUGAUAAGAUUCAUGAAAUAGGAUUAGAAACGUUUUAUUCUUGGGCUAUGAAUCAUGAGGUUUGAAUCUUGGGUUAUAUUUUAAACGGCUGGAUUCGGCGGUGAUUCAAAUUUCAUACUUUAAAAGUUCUGAAUCGGCACUUAAUGCCACAGGGACCAAAGCGGGUUGUAAUAAAAAAAAAUGAUAUUCGAUAAGUUAAUUCAGAGUGUUAUUCGGUGAGUCUGAUCCCCAGGUGUGUGUGUGUGAUUCAAGGAUUCAUACAUACCAAAGCAGUGAUGAUUCAGGAUCCACAAUGACCUUAACACAAGGGACAAAAACAAAUUAUUUAACCUAAUAUAAACAUAAGAUAGAUUGAUGGCAUUUUCUUUUAGUUGUAAACAAAGAAAGAAUAAAUAACAACAGGGUGACAGAUAUCUAUUGUAAUUAGCAAGUAAAAGUUAAAUACUGUGUGGGUAAUGGCGACGCUAAACAAACAAUGACAGUGUAACAGUGAUUCAGCCUAUGACAGGGUAAUAACGAGUGACUGAAUUGGUGACUAAUGACAAUGUAACGACCAUACUAGUGUUAUACUGACUACCAUGACCAUACCAAUGUUAUACUGACUACAACGAGCAUACUAGAGAUCUACUGACUGCCACGACCACCAAGACUACCACCGCUACGACCAUACCAGUGUUAUACUGACCACCGGGACUCUACCACGACCAUACCAGUGUUAUACUGACCACCGGGACUCUACAACGACCACACCAGUGUUAUACUGACCACCGGGACUCUACCACGACCAUACCAGUGUUAUACUGACCACCAGGACUCUACCACGACCACACCAGUGUUAUACUGACCACCAGGACUCUACCACGACCACACCAGUGUUAUACUGACCACCAGGACUCUACAACGACCAUACCAGUGUUAUACUGACCACCGGGACUCUACAACGACCAUACCAGUGUUAUACUGACCAUCGGGACUCUACAACGACCAUACCAGUGUUAUACUGACCACCAGGACUCUACCACGACCAUACCAGUGUUAUACUGACCAUCGGGACUCUACAACGACCAUACCAGUGUUAUACUGACCAUCGGGACUCUACAACGACCACACCAGUGUUAUACUGACCACCGGGACUCUACAACGACCACACCAGUGUUAUACUGACCAUCGGGACUCUACAACGACCACACCAGUGUUAUACUGACCACCGGGACUCUACCACGACCACACCAGUGUUAUACUGACCACCAGGACGCAGUCAACCUAGAUACAGUAUACAACACGACGCCUGUAGGACCAAUAUUCUCUGCCUUACAAGUAACACUGGCCUGUCUUCCUAUUCUUGUCUUGAAGCCACUUGAGAAAAAAGAAAAUGUUGCACUGGAAACUUUAGUUUUUUAUCAACAGGUCAUGAAAUUUAUUGAUGUAUUUCGCUUUACUGUGAACAAUCAAAAAUAAAUUGCAAUCGAAAUUU